AGCUUUUUAUCAAAAAGCUGCUGUUGUGGUUGGCAACCGCAACCCCAAACAGGCACUUACUCUCAACAACGAGAGAUAUGAACAAGAGGGUUUUUCAUAACCUGAGGCCCGAACACCGAUUUACAUUCAGGUUUGGAGGGAGAGAUCACUGAGAGAUUAUACAGAGAGAAAGAGAUCAGAGAGACGUCAGAGAAAGAGAGCAGUGAGAAAGAAAGAGAUCAGCGAGAGAAAGUGAGGAGAGAGAGAAAGAGAGACAAUUAAUCAACUGCGAUCUACAAUUUGAGAUUUGUUGCUUUUACUGUAGUGGCGAGAUUCUUUUCAUUCAUGACAUUACCAAUGCAGUUGUCCCCCUUGACAGAAAGUCAUGUCAUCUUAUAUUUGCUCUUUAGUCAAGUUCUCUUGAUUCUUGGUUGGCAUUACUAAGAAAAACAGGUCCAGCUCAUCCCCUCAAUAUUUCAUUGUCAGCUCUGUGUCUCCACAUGUUUCUUUUGCAUUCCAGAAGGCGUUGAAGAUGUUAAAUGCUGGUGAUCAUAUUGAAGAACUAAUUGCUAAACGAGAAGUAACGGAUGAAGACAGGCUUCUACGAUGUAUGGCAGCAAGAAUAGCAAACAAUAUAUCUAUCACAGAGCUACACGGGGCUGUUCGUGUGUUGGAGAAUUAUGGGCGUGGUACUUUCAUGUCCCAGAGUGUCUGGGAGAAGAUUUAUCUGCAUGCGUCAGAAGAAGAGUUGUUUGUGGAUACUUUUUGGUGGCAGUUGUCUCCUUUUCGUCCUUACAUUCUAGAACUGGAUUACCCCCCAGAAAAUCCCCCUGCAGCAGUGAUUACCGAUUUUAUAAUCAGCAUGUAAUUUCUAGGCAGAUAGUAUCCCUGAGAGGUGUCAAAUGCUGCUUUCGUACAUGUAUUGCAGGUUUGAUUGGUUCAUGUAACGGACUGCUGUUUUUUAUGCUCUUUUUCACCAAGGGAACCUACAUAUUGCAUUUGCAAUCCUGUCACUGAUGAAUGUGUGACUCUCUCACACCCACAUUCCUUCAUUUAAGACUAUUACCUCGACCAUUCAGGAUUUGGUUUCUGCCCAAAGACUGAGCAGUACAAGGUCAACCGGUUUAUGAGGUCGGCACCGACUUUGACAACAGUAGCUCACUGGGCACAGAAUCACGGAGAAACAUUGGGGAAGCCCCAGACCUUAAAUUAUAAAUUUCAAGGAUCCUUUGAUUGUUUCCUGGAUGGAAAAACUUCACUUUAUCACUGCUACUCAUAAUAUGACGAUAUAUACAUUUGAUCUGGAGACUGAGAAGUUUAAACCUCUCCCGGUGCUUGCUCACUUUAGUUCAGAAUAUUUCAAUAAGAUCUCUUGGAUGCUGUUGAAGUUAUAAACAGCUGCCUCUGUCUAUGCUAUAUUUCCACUAAUGCAUACUUUGAGGUUUUCACAAUGCAAUCAAGAAGUUUGCAAUUGACAUCAAGUUUUAUAGUGGGUUGCGAGCGAUAGACUUUCAGAGACCAAUCAAUUUUUCAAAUAAUGGGUAACUUCUGUUCUUAUCUAAGUUCAAUAGUCUUGUGUCAUAUAGUCCUCAAAAAGGGACUUUUAGAGAUAUCAAGAGUUUGGGUGAUGGGCGGGCUAACACUAUUGCUGAUGUGCCUAGCUUUGUGUCUUUUAGGUCUCAUGUAAUUUUAUUUUUUUGCCACAUGGUCUCAUGUAUUUAUGACUAGUAUAACAUAUGAAAAGAUCAAGCUGGAAAGCCCAAUGCAAGUGCAGCAUCUGUCUUAGAUGCCCCGUUUUCUGUACAUGUAAACUGCUGGACUUGGGAUCGUUGUCAAUGCUGAUAAAAUGCAUGCUGAAAAGAGAAUGCUGCGUAAAUUGAAGUGGCUUUCACCUGCUAUGUAUUGCAGAUGUAAUCUCUGUGUUCCGCAUUAAUGGCCGGAAGUUGCUUGCGCUCUCCUGUUUUAGGCUCUCCGGUCAGGCAUUGGAGCCGAUGUACUUAAAUCUAUAGUUUCCAGCCUUUUGGCAUAGUACUACAAGGUCAGUUGACAUAUAUCUAUAUUAAAGUUUAUCUAGACAGGACAACAAAGACAUGCUAGGCAUGUCUAUAGGAGAUUUCCAUGUGCAUAAUGUUUACACUGUGAUGUUGUCUUCCUGAAAGGUCCUGAACAGUUUUUAGCAGUAAGAAGCUGUUGAACUUGGUUUUUGUGGGAACAUGCUGGAGGUUAUUUUUUUGUCAA